AGUUCCGAUUCUCGUUCUGGCUGCAAUCGGAGACUCGUCCGUUUCGGUCGUGGUGGGGGCGACUGCUGUCGAGCCAACCGUGCUCGGUUCGGCCACCACUGCGCAGAGCGAUGAUCCAGUGAUGGUUGGGGGAGCGCCGCCCAGAGUUGGAUCGUGGCAAGCAUCGACGCAACGGGACACCUCGUUGACGCAGCCGACAGCCGCACACACCAUGGAGCCCGUAGUACAGUAAGAUCUGUCAUGUUCCCCCCAUACAGUAAGUACUGGCCGACGUUGUUAGGUCAAACUUCGAUUGAGCCCCGCAGUUGUGGGGUGCUUUCGUGGGACUUUCGCGUGUCUGUACCCACUGGACCGGUGACGCCUUGGUGUGACGCCAGCGGCUGCCGCUCACUCCCUCGGGCGCGUGAGUUGCACGCGUUUAAACACGUUCGCGUAGACAAGGACGCCGACAAAGACAAAGGUCGACCCGAACCACUGGCUUGGAGCAAACGGCUGGCCAAAGUACACGACGCUGAAGACGACGCUGCACGCCUUUCGAAACGUGAGGAUCACUUGGAGGGACACGGUCGAUACGACGGACGCCAGGCUGUACACCGACCGAAUGCACACGUAGUUGGUCACGAGGUUGACGGCGACGAGGGCGACGAGUGUCGCCAAGACUGGACGGGAUGCAUCGUCGUCGAGAAAAGUGGUCCAUGUCGUCCACGUCGUGCGCAUGUCUUGACCGUCGCCAAAUGCAAUCAACAGAAGCGCAUACGCGUGCAUGAAGAACAUGCUCUCUUCCGCGGGGUGGGGCUUGCCUGGAGUGGCAUGCAUGUGCAUCACGAGAUUCUGGAGAUGGCCGAGGAUGGAGCCGACAACAAGACCCACAAGAAGCAGCGCGAUGCCGAGGCGCCAGUGGCCCACAAGUGCCAGGGUCGAUUGCAGGACUGGAAGGCUGCAGAUCAAGCUACCGGUCUCGUCGGUGCAAAGCGUCGCGCGAUUGCUUCCACCAUGUGAUGAUGGAUCCAUGUACGAGGUGAAGCCAAUGCCCAAGGAUAUCAAGAGAACGCCGACGAAUUGGUGAGGAGCGUAACCUUUUCUGAAGACAAGAUAUCCCGUUGCAAGCGACGCCAUGGGGGUGGAUGCUCGGAAGAGAUUUAGAAGCGGGAACGAUAGACCGCAUGCAUGGGCGAACGAGUUGGCGCGACUGGACACGAAGUACAGAAAUGACAAUCCACCGUGGUAAGCAAUGGGCACAGCGAUGCGUGUGGAUGUGGGAAACGUCAUCACAGCAAUGCUCACAAACUGGACAAACGUGAGGAAUGGACCGCUUCGCGGGUCGAUGGACAGAAUGCUCUCCAUAGCCGCAACCUGGACCCAGCAGCAUGCGAGGACGGUCACAACCAAUCCCACGACCUUCCAUUUGACGCCAUCUUGUCCUUGUUUGUGUGAUGCAACGGCCUUCGGUCCUUGCGACAUCGGCGGAGGUUUCGCGUCGCUCGAUUUCGU